AUGCACUUCGUGACAAGAAUGCGAAGCGAUGAUCCGUCGCAUGUGGAUUACGUGCCAUCAGUGUUCCGACACGAUAGAGAGUCCGAGACCCGGGCUGAACGAAAAGCUAAGCGUUAUGAACGCCACAUGCGCAUAAUGCAUAAGCGAGAAGCUGCAGCUGCUCAGCAGCAUCCCAGGCUCGAUGGGGAAGCCGAAGUAGGGAUUCUGGGCACUGAUUAUGGCAAUACUGCAUGUACCGACGAUACCAGUAUCGACGAUAACAUGGGCGACAUCGCAUUGACUCAGGCUAAAGCUGUCCAGACAGACGCACUCGCCUUGUGUGCAAGUUGUUCCUGCUUGCAAGAAGAGAACGAGGUGACCAUCUCUGUGUGGAUCAAGAAUGCAGGUAAGCAAAUAAGCAGGCAAGUUACAGGUAAGAUCUUGCAAGUAAAUGAUUAGCAGUGAAAUGAUUUGGCUGUACACUGUUUUACUAUGACUUAAAACCCACUAACUAGUCGUGGGAGCACAAUGUCGGUGAAGAAAGCUCUCACACUGCUUUCAUGGCACAUCAUAAACUCUUCGUCGCGCUCAACCUCCACAAGGUGUCCACCACGUUCCACAAAAAGGAAAAAGUAGCAACGCUUGCUGUCCACAAGGUUCAAGUGCAGUUGGGCUUGUACCUGGUAGUAGUAUCUGUGACUUUGCUUUAGGGUUCCAUCCCUUGUUAGGCAAAAAUCCUUUUGGUUCUGUCCAUUUUCAGCGAGUGUUGUUGGGUCAGCGUCUCUCAUUGUGUAUAGGCACUUUACUUCAACCAGUGCUGGUUCGUGGCAGUCGCAGUAGUAUACUCCGUCUGGGCUGCAUCCCAAAUAAGGGUACCUCGGGCUGAUCAUGAGCCCACAAUCUUCUAUCCUUCCAUUGGCAUGAUGCUGUGACAACAGAGCAAAUAGGGAGUCUUUUGCCCUUGCUUCGUUUUCAAUACCAUAAUAAAUGGCAGGACUUCUAAUGUUUUGGGAACAAAAAAUUUUUUGCAGCAGCGAUGACACUUUGACCUGUUUGGAUGCACAUACGUCCUUGAAUAUUGAUGCUGUUAUCCUGCCUUUUCUGUGUGCAAACCAGGCUGGACUCUUCCGCUGUAGUCUCGUGAGUUUUUCUAUUUCUUCCGCAUCUCUUCUUGAUAUUUUAAUAUUGUCUAGCUCGACGCAUAUGUUGAGUGAGCUCAAGGGACUUGUAGGCGAAAUGAUGAAAUCGCCACUGGCCUGAGUCUGCGUGCUUGGUUGCGUAGCGGCUGCUUGGUUGAUAUCAAUGAGUGUGAACAGCCGUGCCUCUGGUGCGACCUAAACGUUGAGGCAGUUAUUAGACCAAAAAUAGGGUGGGCUCAGAAAUUUGGUCACUUACUGUUCGUAUUUGUGACACAAAAGCUUCAA